AUGGAAACAGGAGCACAGAAAUUAGAGCAGCCCUGGAAGUCUGUUAGCGACAGCUUCGGUCAAAGUAGGGCUAGCGACAAGGAUAUCUUCUAUGGUGCCGCUAUUGGGGAGAAGAUGACAAACCCGGGUUCUGCCGGGGAGGUCAACGUUACAAUCCUGUAUGAUACAGGUGAUUAUGACAAUGAGUCCGCGAAUUGGUGCCCAAACACUGUGACCAACAUUAGUUGUGGCCAAGCUAUUCACGUUAAGCAGAGAAACAAACUUUAUGAACUGAUAGUGCUCUCCAGGGAGCUGAUGGAUUCCGUUCUUGUGAUUCAGGCGACGGGCAAGAAUGCUUGCCCAUUCAUUCGUCAUAUCUUCGACGAAACUUUAGCACGCGGAAGCCGGAACCUUUAG